AUGAGCUCCCUAUGUCCGUGGUUCGAGCCCCAGACGAGCCAAUACAAGACCUGGAAAGAGUGUGCUCUGGAGUUCGUUUGGAGAGUUAGCAGAAAGACGUUUGCGCCAUGGUUAAAGUAUAGACCUGGAGAUGGCCUUGACGAUGGUGAAUUCAACUUCAGCAAGAGUUUGACCCCAGAUCAGUCGUCCCAACUCCUGCGAAUAUCCCUCUCACCAUCGCAACCCUCCGUGUACACCAGCAAGUACGGAAUCCAAGUCUCCUUUGCCAACGUGGACGUCUGGAGUGCUCCGGACUUCCAGGAGAUUCUGUCCCUGCCUCAACUGCUGGCUGUUCUGGUCAUCUACCAGGACGUGACUACCAUGAUCAGAGGAAUUCUUGUGGUCAAGUACCGAAACUCGCCUGGUCUGGAGCCCGACGUGAACACAUCUCUUCCAGUGUGUCAAAAGUAUCGCCUGCUGACGUCUGGAUCGCACCUGUUUCUCCAUAUCAUUGACGAAAUUGAACCAGAGGGAGAUAUCCACUAUGGGGAGUUUUUCCACGUGACCGGAGGAGGACUCAGGCUGCUGUUCACGUGUCAAAAGCCGGUGGUGUGUUUCAACGGUCUCUUUUACUUUUUCUCCAGGCGAAAGCUCAAUUGCGUUCAGGUAUGUCUCAAUGGUUCGGAGGCUGGGACGGAUACAACAUCGAAAAGAGGUCCAGAACCACCUACCACUGUUAUCUACAGCCGCUCCACGCGCCCCCUCAAAAUCAAGUACUGCCUGUAUAUAGGCUGUGACGGCUACGCUUUUCUGGGCACCCGGGACCGAAACAAGCAGCUGAUGUGGAACAUGUUCACCAACGAAAUCUUUCCUCUGACUCACCAACUGUCUCAACCUCAGCGAUUCGGAUUCCAUGCCGCCAAAUACGCCUGUGACGAUGUGACUCCGUUUUACAACGUGUCGGCUCCCGGAAUCAACUGUCUCGACGCUGAAGAUGCCGAGGCGUCGGGAGAGGAGCCGGAACCGCCGGUGAUGAAGGCGUUUGCUUUGUUUGUGUCGUUGCAAGGGUUGGAGGCAAGACAGGAUCUUGUGUGGUAG